AUGGGCCAGGGGGACGAGAGCGAGCGCAUCGUGAUCAACGUGGGCGGCACGCGCCACCAGACGUACCGCUCGACGCUGCGCACGCUGCCCGGCACGCGGCUCGCCUGGCUGGCGGAGCCCGACGCCCACAGCCAUUUCGACUAUGACCCGCGCGCCGACGAGUUCUUUUUCGACCGCCACCCGGGCGUCUUCGCGCACAUUCUGAACUACUACCGCACGGGCAAGCUGCACUGCCCAGCCGACGUGUGCGGGCCGCUCUACGAAGAGGAGCUGGCCUUUUGGGGCAUCGACGAGACCGACGUGGAGCCCUGCUGCUGGAUGACCUACCGCCAGCACCGGGACGCGGAGGAGGCGCUGGACAGCUUUGGCGGUGCGCCCCUGGACAACAGCGCGGACGACGCGGACGCCGACGGCCCUGGAGAUUCGGGCGACGGAGAGGACGAGCUGGAGAUGACCAAGCGCCUGGCGCUCAGCGACUCCCCGGACGGACGGCCCAGCGGCUUCUGGCGCCGCUGGCAGCCACGCAUCUGGGCGCUCUUUGAGGACCCCUACUCAUCUCGCUACGCCAGGUAUGUGGCCUUGGCCUCCCUCUUCUUCAUCCUGGUCUCCAUCACCACCUUCUGCCUGGAGACCCACGAGCGCUUCAACCCCAUUGUGAACAAGACGGAGAUCGAGAACGUUCGGAAUGGCACGCAAGUGCGCUACUACCGGGAAGCAGAGACGGAGGCCUUCCUCACCUACAUCGAGGGCGUCUGCGUGGUCUGGUUCACCUUCGAGUUCCUCAUGCGUGUCGUCUUCUGCCCCAACAAGGUAGAGUUCAUCAAGAACUCGCUCAACAUCAUUGACUUUGUGGCCAUCCUCCCCUUCUACCUGGAGGUGGGCCUCAGCGGCCUGUCCUCUAAGGCCGCCAAGGACGUCCUGGGCUUCCUGCGCGUCGUCCGCUUCGUGCGGAUCCUGCGCAUCUUCAAGCUGACCCGGCAUUUUGUGGGCCUGCGGGUCCUGGGCCACACGCUCCGCGCCAGCACCAACGAGUUCCUGCUGCUGAUCAUCUUCCUGGCCCUGGGUGUCCUGAUCUUCGCCACCAUGAUCUACUACGCCGAGAGGAUAGGGGCCCAGCCCAAUGACCCCAGUGCCAGUGAGCACACCCACUUUAAGAACAUCCCCAUUGGCUUCUGGUGGGCCGUGGUCACCAUGACAACACUGGGCUACGGAGACAUGUACCCGCAGACGUGGUCCGGGAUGCUGGUGGGAGCACUGUGUGCGCUGGCGGGCGUGCUGACCAUCGCCAUGCCCGUGCCGGUCAUCGUGAACAAUUUCGGGAUGUACUACUCCUUAGCCAUGGCUAAGCAGAAACUACCAAAGAAAAAAAAGAAGCAUAUUCCACGGCCACCGCAGCUGGGAUCUCCCAAUUAUUGUAAAUCUGUCGUAAACUCUCCACACCACAGUACUCAGAGUGACACAUGCCCGCUGGCCCAGGAAGAAAUUUUAGAAAUUAACAGAGCAGAUUCCAAACUGAAUGGGGAGGUGGCGAAGGCCGCGCUGGCGAACGAAGACUGCCCCCACAUAGACCAGGCCCUCACUCCCGAUGAGGGCCUGCCCUUUACGCGCUCGGGCACCCGCGAGAGAUACGGACCCUGCUUCCUCUUAUCAACUGGGGAGUACACGUGCCCACCCGGUGGAGGAAUGAGAAAGGAUCUUUGCAAAGAAAGCCCUGUCAUUGCUAAGUAUAUGCCGACAGAGGCUGUGAGAGUGACUUGA